AUGGCUGUGCGGGCUGCCCUGCUGCUGUGCGUGCUGCUGGCAACCCACCACCUCGUGGAGGCAGCUCUCCUGGAAGCCAAUGGCAACCUGAGCUGCCGCUGUGCCAAGACCACCAGGUCCUUCAUUGCUCCUGAGAAAUACAGCAGCGUCGAGGUCCGGCCGGUGGGGAGCAGCUGCCGGCGCCUUGAGGUGGUGAUUAAGCUAAAAAGUCAGAAGACUGUCUGUGUGGAUCCCAACACCCUUUGGGUGAAGAAACUCCUGCAAGACCUCCGGAACCUGAGGAAGAAAGAGGCUCCGCAAUGA